AUGCAGCACGACACCAGCUACGCUACUUUAUGCAUGGACUAUAGCCGCGAGAAUGCUCAAGCUCAAGGGAGGGGGGAUGGCAGCAUCGUGUCGAGUGCUACUAACUAUUUGAGGCGAACGAGUAUUAUUAGAGCAGGGUUAGGAGCCAAGAGGAGCCAAGAUGAACCAGAUACGACGAACGAGACAGGGAAAGACGCUACCAUUGACAAGACAAAGAGCUUCACUUGUGGCAAGUUCUUAGCACUUGGGCGCAUUUGGUUCCUUUCAUUCUUUCUUCCCGUCUUCCCCAGCCAAGUCCUUGCCUUCCUGGCUCGCGACCUCCACCCCGUCAAGGAAAAAACGGACCAGACGAUAUUUGCAGGCGACCUCUGUUAUGGUGGGCGUCCAAAACACAAAAAUCUUGACGACUAA